CUACGCUUUUCUGUCAUAGAUGGCACUACUUUCGCGUUGAGAAACAAUUUCAUUAAAAAUACAUUUUAUCUAUUUGUUGAAGCCGGUUUAUUUUUUUUUGUUAAGGUAUAUACAUAAAAUUCACACGUGUAAAAAUUCACAUAUUAUCGUUCAUGUGAUUGUUAUGAUGAAAGAAAUUUAUAGUUUCACCGAUUUUCAAGGCCAUAUUAGAAAUUUCUUUUUUUUUUGGAGGAUAUUAUUUCCUGAUACAAAUAUAGAUACGAUUAAAAGCAUUAAUCUUGGGCCUUUCUCCUACAGUUUUUAGGAAAUAUCGACAUCAGAGAAUAUGACGAUUACUAUGUUUGCCCUUGCCGUGUUCCUUUGCAAUGCUGUGUACCUGAUUGGUGUAGAAGGGGAAAGCCACGAGGAUAAGCACCUUCUCAAGUUAAUGUCUGAUUAUGGAGUAAAUAAUCGAAUGUCACCGUUGGGCAUUGAUAAACUAUUGAAGAAAACAGGCGUUGUCAUAGGCCAUGAACCUUUCAAUUGUUCUUUUGACAAUUGUUCUUUAGAUAAAUGUCUAAAUGGCAAAAAUCUUUUGCAGUUAUAUUUUCCAUCUCAGGAUGACGUGGAUUCGAAUGGCAUGAAAGCCCUAUCCCCGGCCAUUCUUUAUCAAUCUCAGAACGAAAAAUGUAGAUCUAAAGAUGAGAAAACAUCUCGAAAGAAACCAUCUAAAGGAGAGAUUUGGGGAUAUUCUAUUUUAAGCGUAACUGUUAUUAGUUGCGCUUCUUUACUAGGAGCUCUUUUCCAUCCACUAUCUAAAACAAAGAUUUAUAAGAAGGUCUUAGCAUUUAUGGUCUGUCUUGCUAUAGGAACCUUAGUUGCUUCCGCCAUUUUAGUACUUAUACCAGAAGCUUUAGAAUUAACUGAAGGAAGUGAACAUACCGCUACCUAUGAAAACAGAUGUGUAGUUGUAUUGGCUGGUAUAUAUGGAUUUUUUUUAGUAGAGCGAGCUUUAAAGUUUAUAAUGGAAUGGCGCGAAAGGAAAUAUGCUACUGAGACGAACAGCCAAAUAGAUCCUGCAGAAAAGCAGCAAUUUCCAAUUUCCUCACAGCAAAGAAGCUAUCAUCAAAGCCAAUCUAACUUUCGAUCAUAUGAUAGUCAAGCGUCGGUGAAUUCAGGAAAGACAAAUGAUAUGGUUGAAAAAAAUUUUUCAGGCAGCAAACAAAUUAAACCUGUAGCUUGGAUGAUUGUUUUCGGCGAUGGAGUCCACAAUUUUAUGGAUGGAUUAGCCAUAGGAGCAGCUUUUACAGGUUCAGUUUUAGCCGGUGUCUCCGUUUCAAUUGGGAUUUUUUGCGAAGAGCUUCCCCAUGAAUUAGGAGAUUUCGCUAUCCUUUUGAGUUCUGGAAUGAAAAUUAAGCAGGCAAUGUUAUGUAAUUUUUUAAGUGCUUGUACUUGUUAUGGUGGUAUGAUAGCUGGUAUUAUAGUAGGGGAAAAUUCCAGUGGGGAUGUUUGGAUAUUUGGUUUAACCGGUGGCAUGUUUCUUUACAUAUCUUUAGUUGAUAUGCUUCCCGAAGUUAAUCACGCUGCAGAAGAAGAAGCGUUGGAGCGGGGGAAUCGUUCAAGUUUAAUUACAUUUUUCCUACAGAAUCUUGGUUUAAUAACUGGUAUGGUUAUAAUAUUUUUAAUUUCUCACUUUGCGUCUCAGAUUAACUUUGGAAGUUGAAUAAAGUAGUCACAAUGGAGAAACCAUAGGAAAAUAAGAAAAUAGGGAAAAGAAAUACUUUUGUCUCUCAAGGAAAUUUAGUUGUUUGACCAUAAUUUCUCCCACCACAAUAGAAUUAUUCUUUAUUUGUGUUACUUCAUGCAAACUGAGUUGCUAUAGAAAUCAAAUAAAAAAUAUUUAAUAUAAGUACACUUUGAUUCAGUUUAUAAAUAAUAUGUGAAUACAAC